CCUCAUUGGUCGCAAACUGCCCUUACACAUCUUGCUCUGGUGCUGUCAGAAGGCCGUCCUGUUUCACGAGAAGGCCUUGGACGGGCGUUGCACACCGGCGUUCUCGCUAUGGCGUGCAUCGUCAUCACAUCACGCGUGCCUCCAAUACAAGCAACGAGGAAGUGCACUACGGCAGGUUCGGUCGGUGGACAGUGACCCCCCGGGACCGAGCUGAGGUGGUGGGCUACCGGCUGGGCAUCUCCCUCACCGCGCUGGCGUUCCUGUUCGAGGGCGUGUAUGGAUUACUGUCCCAGGGGUCUACUGACCAACAGAUGACACGAGACGCGAUGAGGGCCUUUCUGGACCCGGUGGCGGUUGCUGGUAGCGCGGGGCUGGGGGCCUCCCUGCAGCUGAUACACAUCUACCUGGCGCCGCUCAAGCGAGCCCUGCAGGUGCUGUGGGCGGUUGGUACGGCAGGUCUGCUGUACAUUAUCUUGACAAAGGAUGCGCCUGCGGCAGUCUUUGUGUACGAGCAUCCGGCGUGGCUCUGGGCUGUGGGCCCCCUUUUUGCAGCGUUGACCGGUGUGGCUUUCAAGGAAGGGCUCUGCUAUAAUAAGUGGGAGGCGGCGGGCCUCUUUGGCGCAUUGCCUCUGACGUUCGGCGGACACCUGCUGCGGCUGUUCCCCGAAAACGUGGAGCACGGCUUACUGGCAUCAUGCAUUGUGUUGCUAAGCAUAUUUGCCGGGCGCAAGUAUACGCAAGCAUUCAAGGACGACAUUGGUGACAAAUCCAUCUUCGAGUUUCAAGAAAUGCCGGUUGAGGAGCAGCAAGCUUUGCUUGGGCAGGAUUGAGGAAGGCGACCCGCUUCGCACAUCGACUUGCAGUCGCGGAUUGCACUUGGUGGCAUCAAUCAAAAUAAGCCGCUGAUAUCCUGAGCUUGUUCUAUAUGAACCCAUUCUUGCCAUUGUAAGAUGCUUGUGCGUUC